AUGAAGAGUAUAGGACCUUUCCUCCUCUUCCUGCUCAGCCUGAGCAGUACUGCGUCUGGACUGGGAUCAGUGGUGUGGAAAGGCUACUCGUACCAACCAAACCAUUACACCUGGCAGGACGCUCAAAGCUACUGCAGGAGCUCAACUUCCUUCCCUGAUUUGGCCACCAUCUUUACGCAGUCUGAUGAAGAGAGUAUUAAUGUGUGGGAAUAUUAUGCAUGGACUGGCAUCUACAAACACAUAUACUACAACUACUGGAUUUCGUCUAAUGGAGUUUACAGAAAUCUACAACCAUAUGGGACUUACCAGUCAGGCGAUGCAUACUGUGCUGUCGCUGUAUACUCCAACAAAUGGUUGAAUGGCACUGAUUGUGACGAAUCUUACUUCUUCUUUUGUCAACACAACGAUGAUAACCACUACACAUUUAUACCACAGUCAAAGAUAUGGUCUGAAGCCCAACAGUAUUGCAGGAGUUACUGGAGUGAUGGACAACAUCAUCUGGCAACGUUCCAUACCCACUCUGACCUAUCCUCAACUCUGACUCCGCAAGACUUUCCAGUCUGGACUGGACUGCACAGAGAUGCGGGAACAUGGAGGUGGAGCACAGGGCUGUCGCAGUACAGAAAUUGGGCACAGAGUCAGCCAGGGAACGGCGACUGUGUUUCCAUCUCCUCGAUGAGCAAACGGAUGGCUACCCAAAACUGCUCUGCUCGAUUUCCCUUUGUCUGCUUCGGGGACAACCUGGUCCUGGUAAAGGAGAACAAGACGUGGGAGGAGGCGCUGGAGCACUGCCGAGCCCUCAGUUCAACCUCCCAAUCCAACCUUCGCUACGAGCUGGUCAGCGUGCAGCCUGGAGAAGACCAACACUACGUGAUGAACAGGGUCAUGGAGGCCGACACUGACGAGGUGUGGGCAGGCCUCCGUUUCCUGGCCGGUGAAUGGCUGUGGGUGAACGGGGCGAGUAUGUUGUACUCUGACCUGCCCCUCUGCCCACCCCUGGUGCAGCACUGUGGAGCCUUGUCCAAGAACAACACAGGCAGCGUGGAGACCAAAGACUGCUCCGAGAAAAGGAACUUCCUGUGUUAUAGCACAUCCUGACAUCACCCCUAUCAUCUGCAUCAGGGUGGUCACUAGCAGAAGUUUAUCUUCAUAAGUUGGCACACAGCUUCUUCAGACGGUAG